AUAUUGUCUGUUUUUUUAGUUUCUUUUAGUAGUGGCUUAGCAUUGCAGGAAGGAACUGGUAAGAUUUGGUGGUCUAAUAUAAAUGUUUUGAUAACCCACCCCUGUAGCAGCGCUCUGUGACAGAUGUAGACUAACCCAGUGUAAGUUUUGCAGCUACAGCAAAUUGUGACCAUCACCAAUCAUGGCAUACGAUGGGAGCUUCAGUGCUGACAUUUGUGAAAAGGAUUCUGACUAUGAAAACCUUGCAGAAAGCGGACCAAGUCAGGACUCUUUCAGACUUUUCAAAGAACCAACAUUCAAUGCCCAGGGGUGUUCUAAAGCCAUACUGAUGGGAAGGGUUGUAGAACGUUCAGACACAUCUGACAGCGAGUCAACAAACAGCAGUGAAGGAAGCAAAGAGCCAUUUAACAGAAAGCUGAAAAGCUCUUCGCAAGGAACAAAAUGUUCAGCUGCUACAAGGAGGGUGCUCUCCAGUCACUCAACUGGGUCGCAUAGUUCUGCCGGCAUGUCCAUGCGAGUCAGACGAACACCUGCGGCACAACAGCCUCAGACCUCAUCUCGCGACUCUGUUCACAUCCCCAACAUUGAUGGCAUCAUCCUUCCAGAGCUGAAAGAAAUCAGUACUGAAGACAGACCAGAUUAUUUGGUUGGUUUAGGCUUGGGGUGCAUUGAAAGGAGCAAGGAGGAGUUGGCAUCAGAUCUGCGAGGCCUCUCUGUGAGUGAAGGCAUGCGUAAGCUACGAGCUAUGCCGCUCAGCCUUGUGGACAAGAUGGAAAUCAGGAGACGUUGUUUUAGCCCUUCAGCUGUGAAUUCACUCAACAGGAAUUUCCCCUGCUUUAAUCUCCCACCGGUGUACAUUUCAAGGAUGUGGCGCCACUCCACAUUCAAUGCCCUUCCCUUUCUCAGCACCCUGAAGUUGUGGCACUCGUCCAUGAAGAAGCUAAGUGGACGUUAUGGGACUGGAGUUCUUUCCUACUUCCUUUUUCUCCGAACCCUCCUGUUCAUCAACCUGCUUCUCUUCAUUAUCACCUGCUUGUUUCUGGUCAUUCCUCAAGCCAUUCACCCUCCUCCAACUGACCCUCGUGUCAACUCCGUCACCGCCAUUGAGCUUCUCACAGGCAUGGGUUACCUUUCUCAGAGUUUGAUGUUUUACGGCUACUACUCAAACGUCACGAUUGAAACUAAUCAGAUGUCCAGCCACAUUGCAGUUACACAUAUGGUGCCUUACUGUAUACCCACAGCCUAUUUCCUCACUAUCACAAUUUCCUUCUUUAUUACGUGCAUCAUUCUGGUUUACAGCAUGUCCAAGUCCUUCGGGAAAAGUUUUCAGGUGUUGAAGUCCAACAGAAAUCUAUCAGAAAACAUUUUCUGCUCAUGGGACUUUAAAGUCAGCAAGAAGCCAUCCAUAAGACUUCAGCACGAGAAAAUCAGCACUCAGCUCAAAGAGCAACUUUCUGAGCUGACCAGCAGAGAAGAAGAAAUGAGUCUCAUGCAGCGGUUCGGGAACCUCAUCGUUCAUGUGUUGGCAUGGGUCACUUGUCUAGCCAGCAUCCUCCUCAGUGCUGCGGGUGUCUACUUUCUAUCGGAGCACACCAUCAGUUCAGAGUUCAAGAAUCUGGACCCGUUGUUCAAGUCUGCAGUGGUGUCUGGUUUCAACCUAUUGCUGCCUGGCAUCUUCAACUUGUGUUCAUGGUUCGAGAAGCACAGCUCACCCAGCACACGUGUGUAUGUCUCCAUCUUCAGGAAUCUGCUUCUGAAGAUCAGCCUGAUUGGUGUGCUGUGUUAUCACUGGCUUGGAAAAAUUGCUGUGAAACAAGACCACCAAGUUUUAGAGUGUUGGGAGAAUUUUGUGGGGCAGGAACUUUAUCGCCUGCUCUUGAUGGACUUCAUUUUCACAGUGCUUUACAUGUUUCUAGGGGAGUUUAUAUGGAGGCUUUUUUCCAAAAAAGUUUUAAAGAAGAACAGAAAGCCUGUGUUUGACAUUGCUCGUAAUGUGCUGGAACUCAUAUAUGGACAAACUCUUACUUGGCUCGGGGUUCUGUUCUCUCCUCUUCUCCCUGGUGUCCAAAUCGCAAAACUGUUCGUGCUGUUUUACAUGAAGAAGUGUACUCUGAAGCACAACUGUCAGGCAUCUAAAAAGCCCUGGAGGGCCACUCAGAUGACAACACUAUUUAUUACUCUGUUGUGGUUCCCCUCAUUUCUUGGCGCUGCCGUUUCUGUCGUGUAUACAGUUUGGAUGAUUAAACCUUCAUCAGGAUGUGGUCCUUUCAGGAAUCUAACCAGUAUGUUUGAGUCUGGGAAGUUGUGGGCUGAGAGGAUGAAGGACUCUCACAAGAUUCUGUCUUGGCUCAUUCGAGCAUACAACACUGUCAUAGAUAAUCCACUGUUCUUGUUCCUGCCCACUUGUGUUUUUCUACUGGUGGUGUAUUUCCAUGCUCAGAUAGUUGAUGGCCAAAGGAAAAUCAUCAGACGGUUUGAAAAGCAAAUUGAAAAUGAAGUUAAAGACAAAAAGUUCCUCAUCACCCAACUGCAACAUUGGAAUGAGGAAAAUAAACCAGAUUCCACUUAGAGAUAAGAGGAAGAUGAUAUCAUCCCAUUCUCUGGAAUGCUGGGUGUUAAAGUGUAUCUCAUCAGUGCUAAGAUGUCCGUGACACUGAAAACAUCACUCAUAAAUGUUAUAGCAAACAUAAGAAUAAUAAAUGGCCACAAACUUUGCAAAGUUCAAAUAUACUUUGUGAUCUUUGAUUAAAAUACUCAAUUAAGCUUACUACUUAGAGUUUAUAGAUGGUAUUCAAUAAUAUUUUGUAUGUGAAAAUAAAAUAAUUGGACCACA